AUGGUUUUCUAUAAAAUAACACUUUCAAGGUCGACCAUUGGACUUCCUCAAGCAACCAAAAACAUCGCUUCAAGCUUGGGGUUGGGCAAAACUGGCUCUGUAGUAUAUCGGAAAGUGAGCCCGUCGAUAGCGGGGUCGAUUGCCAAGAUCAAAGAAGUUGUCAGUGUGGAGGUGACAGAACAAGCACUAUCGCCCGAGCAACAACGUGAGCUGCGGAAGUCGAAUCCGGGCUUCACAGUGGAGAAGAGGAUCUAG